UUAUUUAUUGAAGUGUGUAAAAGUGACAAUAAUUACUGCCAAGAAGCCGUCAACAGUGUGACAGUCGUAAAAUAUUGUCCAACUUCAAUCACAGAAUGGGGCGUUGCUGCCCGUAGGAAGAACUGUAGCAGUAUAGCAUCAAAACAAAAUUGUUCACCUAGUGAGAAAUUUCAAUACCACUGUGUGAUCAACGGAUACAGAAAUGAAACGUUGGAAGUCUGCGCGCCUACAAGAAUAAUUUUUGGACACUGUGCAGAAUUCAAUGUUGAUGGUGGAGUAAUUCAGGAUCAGAUAUUUACCCCCUGCAAAGACACAUUUCCCAAAUGCGAUCAGUUUUACCGAUCAGUGACUGCCUACAAAUAUCCUGAUUGUUACAAGCUUGUUUUGGAAGGACAGGUUAAAUUCUCAACACCACCUGGAACAGAUAAAUCAAGUUCUUCGUAA